GAAGUAAUUUCCCACUCAUCUGUCAUUUAUUUUCUAUGGGAGCAGUACAAUGGACUGGACAAUUAAUGCUACACUAUUCUUGUCAGUGUUAAAUGUUGCCCUUUGUUUCAAUAUUGAUCCUGUGGCUUGGAAGACCCUGAGGAGCUCUGCUGCCGGUUUUGGCUACCAGGUGGUUCAAAGACAAUCAGAUUUGCUUGUCAGUGCGCCACUUGAACAGUAUUCACAAAAUGGAAGAGGAAGAAUUUAUAGGUGCACUACCACUUCUCAAAACUGUCAAAAUAUCCAACUUCAAGUGCCAGGCUCUGCAGUCAACAUGUCUCUUGGUUUGACAAUGAAAAGUGAUCCCACAGCACAAAAGACUGUGGCAUGUGGUCCAUCCAUUCCAAAGGACUGCAGAAGUAUCACCAUGUACAAUGGUGUGUGCUUUCAGUUGGACCAUUCUAAUAGAUUUGGAUCACCAAUACCUUCUUCUCUUCAAGAGUGUCCGUCACAAGUAGACAUUGCCUUUCUGUUGGAUGGUUCAGGCAGCGUAUCUACUUUUGAUUUUCAAACAAUGAAGAAGUUUGUGAAAAAUCUAAUCCAGUCAUUUUUUACAGUUGAAGCACAGUUUUCUAUUUCCCAGUUCUCUACAUCACCCCAGGUUCAUUUUUAUUUUAAGGAAUUUUUCUCAUCCGGAUCAGUGAAGGUUGACAUCGAUGGAAUCAGACAGCUGGGAGGUUAUACUUACACGGCUAAGGCCAUCAGACAUGUUGUAAACAUUGUUUUCACACCACAAAGACUGUCAAGACAAAAUGUAAAGAAGGUCUUGAUAGUAAUUACUGAUGGAGAAUCUAAUGACCGGCAUGAUCUAGGAAACGCAGCACAGCUAGCAGAGAAUAAAAACAUUGUUCGAUUUGUUAUUGGGGUGGGGAAUGCAUUUACUAAAUCUGAAGCAAAAAAAGAACUGCACACCAUUGCAUCAUCUCCCUCCUCCAAACACGUGUUUCAAGUGGAGAAUUUCAACGCACUUGAAAUAAUAAGACAGACUUUACAGGAAAAAAUUUUCUCCAUUGAAGGAUCUCAAACCAGUGGGGCCACAUUGAAAAUGGAAAUGUCUCAAGAGGGAUUCAGCGCAGUUUAUGUGCCUGGGGGAAUUCAGAUGUCUAUUGUUGGUGCAAACCAGUGGAAAGGAGGCUACGUGCAAUACACAACAGAGGGCCAGAAAGUGAAAACAUAUGAGGAUGUGUCUUUGGAGCCUGACAGUUAUCUUGGUUACUCCAUGGCAGUUGCAAAAACCCAAAGUGGUUCACUGACAAUUGUUGGUGCUCCAAGAUAUAAACACAGAGGAGUUGUGGUCGCUGUUAAUAGACAAACCUUUAAAAACCAAAAGAUUGAGCCCUUUUCAUCACAGUAUCAGACUGGUGAAUAUUUCGGGGCAGAGGUGUGUACCAUGGACAUAAAUAAUGAUGACAUCACUGAUCUAAUCUUCAUAUCAGCCCCAAUGUACACGGAGCCUGAUAGAGAGGGAAGAGUUUAUAUUUGCAGAUUAACUGGUUUGUUUGUGGAGUGUAAUUUUGAUGAUCCAUUAGUACUAAGAGGACGUGCAGCUGUCAAAGGAAGGUUCGGCUCUUCUCUUGCUGUACUGCCUGAUCUAAACUCAGAUGGAUUCAGGGAUUUGGCAGUUGGAGCACCUUUGGAGAAUAAUGGUGAAGGCAGCAUCUACAUAUUCCACAGUGAAGGAGGACGAAUCAGCCCUACUUACUCACAGAGAAUUACUGGCUCUGAGGUCCAGUCAGGACUGAAGUUCUUUGGUUUAUCAAUCAGUCAGUCAUCUUUUGAUCAUAGUGGUGAUAGACUUCCUGACUUAGCAGUGGGUUCAAAGGGUAAAGUUGUCUUACUGAGAUCAAGACCCAUAGUGAUGAUUGAACCGGAAGUGUCAUUCAGCCCAAACCAAAUCCCUACUCAUAAUGUAAACUGCUCAAAACCAUUGGAGAACACAGCUACAGUCUGCUUUACCAUGAGCAGACUGUCUACAGUCAACACAGCUGAAGCGAGGAUUAAUUAUACUUUAACAGUGGAUACCACUCGCAAGCCUCCAAACAACCGAGCUUAUGUCAGCAGGAAACAACAAGAACAGUCUGGAUCAGUCAUUGUUGACUUAACAAAGAAAAAGUGUUCAACUGUAAAAUUCCUUAUUGAGACCUGUCCAGAAGAUGCUCUCAAUGCACUGUCCAAUGAGCUUAAAUUCAUGCUUGAUGGUUUGCCCUCAAACACAAAUCUUAGGCCAAGUCUUGCCCCGCAGGCUCAAACAACAACCAUUUAUCCUUUGGAGUUUGAGAUCAACUGUGGCACUGACAACAAAUGUGUUGACAAGCUGAAAGUAGAUUUUGGCUUCACCAGAUCCCCAGAGGUUAAAGUGGGCAUUGAUGAGCUUUUGGAUGUCACAGUCACAGUGGAGAACAGAGGAGAAAACUCCUACAACAGCCGUGUUAUUCUCACGUACCCAGCUGGACUCUCCUACAGGAAGUUCACCAUUCAGCAGGGAAGAAUUGAGUGCAACUCUUUGGACAGUGAAGAUGGUUUAUCACGAGGAAGGACAGACUGCACUAUUGACAAGCCAAUUUUCAAGAGCAAAACUAAGGCUUCCUUCAUUGUCUCCUAUGGGAUUGACACCACCAAUCAACUUGAGAGGAAGAUCUUUGUCACUGCAAAUGCCACCAGUGGAAAUCAGGAGCAUGCCCCUACAAGUGAACUCUACAUAAAGAAGUGGAUUGAUGUGAAAUACAGCAUUUUUAUGACAUUUGAAAGCUCCCUCAGCUACAACAAUUUCACAUUUGGAACAAAUAAUUUGCAGAAACCAGUCCAACAAUCAAUCAAGGUUACAAAUGAUAUCAGGGCACUUCAUUUUAGUGUGGCGAUUAGGGUUCCAGUGAAGCUUGGUGAAAAAGAUAUUUGGGUGGAUUUGAGCAGCCUACAGAUUUCAGACUGUCAAAGUGAAAAUGAUGAAGCACCAAGUGUCAAAGAUUUUGUUCCAAAGAUACAAAAGGAUAAAGUGGUGGACUGCUCUGUAGCCAUGUGCAGGGUGUUCAAGUGCAGCACAUUUAUGGGAAGACUGCAGAGUAGGACAUAUGAAAUCUCUGCCAACCUCAGUUCAGGAUGGAUAGAGCAGAUUGGACUUCAAUCUGCCAAAUUCCUCUUGACCAGUACAGUCAGUCUGGAGUAUGACAAAAACCAGUACAUCUACCUUUCAACAGGGUCUAAAAACAAUCCUCCUGUUCGCAAGAGCUCCAUCACACUCACUCACUUUCUCUGCUCUCAACCAUCCUUUGUCUUUACUUACCGAAUACUGCAGGAGCAUCCAACUCCAGGCCUCAAGGGCUAG